AUUGAAAACAAGAUAAAGGGAUCGUAAACCAUCGUAAAUUUUGUUGCGCGAAGUAGAAAUAUCAAAUUCAAAAAAUGUUGUGACAUAAAAUGUACUCGUUUUCGUGACAAAUAUAGCCUGAUCGUGGUAUUAUUUCGGAAAGGUGCGUCCCAGACCACCUCGGCUUUCGUGCGCGUCACAGGAUUCCCAAAAUUCGGAAGCAAAACAUUUCCAAAUAACUCCGAUUGCAUGAGCGAGCGAGCAUGGCGAUUACAACUAAAUAUAUGAAAUAUAUUUAUAGCAAGACCAGGACGACAAUUUUGCUUAGGGCAUGGCGCAUCAACUUCUACAGUGAGACUCACACUUUUAAUAAAAUACACUGUGAAACAGAAGCCCAAUAUGAUCUCUUUUUAUCCAAGAACUGUAAGUCAGUGGAACUCCCUUCCUAAAAUUGUAUUUUCCCAGGGCUCUUCUGUAAGUGUAAUUUCAAGCUACGUAAGUCCUUAGCUCUGACCACCCCGGCCAAAAUCCUCUAAGUGGGGGAUGGCUGUAACGGAAAAUAAUAAAAUAAUAUGGAAGCACUAUUAGUUAAAUUUUUGUAGCCUUGCUUUACUAGUUGUUAGCCAUUGGAUAACAAUCGCGAUUAGGGUAUAUUUCCUGUUGUAUUGGUUUGGGACGAAAGCAAAAAGAUCGCUAUAGAAAGAAUUUCUAAUCUCCCCGGGUCUACUCCUUGUCCAUUUAUCAGAAUCUCCCGGCGUUGGCGAAGUAUCGUGGCCAAGUCAAUUUGCUUCAGUUGUUUAAACGGUAUAAUAGCCCUGCUACACUGUUAUUUUAAAUAAGAACGUCUAGUUUUCAGUUGCGGUUCUGUUUUUGAGGUUACCGAUACCUAGGGCGCGGAUAAAAUCGGGUAUGUUCUAGAAAGGGGUCUGGUUAUCUGAUUAUUACCACAUCAUUACUCUGAACCCAAGAGAAUCCAAAAGCGGCCCUAGCUAGGUCUGUUUAAUGAUGAAAGAGGAAUGUAAACUUCUUUAUAUACAGAUAGAAGUAGUAGCCACUUUGUCGCUGUGGAAAGAAACGGGUUGUGCCAGCGUGUUGAGUGUAAAAUAGCGUGAGAUCAGAUAACCAAGUUACUAUGGAACUCAACAGGAUGAAUUUCUUUAAAUAAUUCUUUUCAUAAUAAGACAGGCCUAGAUCUUGAGCCGCCUGUGGGUAAUGUCUGUUGAUUGUGCUUCUACGGUCGUUACAAAUUAGCUUGAGCAUCGGAGGAUUUUGCCUUUUAUACUCCAAGAAAAAGGCUCUGACACUCAGGUAUUAUUUACAAAUAGAAGGGCAAGGGUCUGGGGAAUAAAAUCUCGCGUGCAAAAGUAAAAAAACAUUUCGUGACCUCAAGUACUUAAACUGUUUACAACCUCAAGUAUGAAGUCAAUCAUCUCACGCAAACAACACACCUUACUAGAGCAUAGCCAACUACAGACCGAUGACAAAAGAGAUAUCCUUAGGAUGUUGAAGGUCGACAAAAGAAGAAGGGAAUGUCUCAAAUGCUAGGAUUGCAAAGGCUGCAAAGAAUCAUCAGACUGAUUUUGCAAGGUGAAAGAAACUCUUGUCAAGAAGAAUUCGCUCAAAGCCUCUCGGUUUUUGGCAAGCUGCAGAAGGAAUAACUGAGACAUCCACGCCAUGAUCGCUGAAGUCAUCCUUCUCAUCGUCACCCUGGUGCUUCUUCACCAUCUCUUCCAUCGUUACACCGAGCCGUCCAACCUACCCCCUGGACCACGCCCUUACCCUCUUAUUGGAAACCUCCCGCUGCUGAUUGGCUCAUUCUCCUCACUCCACGUCAAGUUCACUGAGCUCGCGAAAACAUACGGCAGCGUCUACACUCUAUACCUCAACGGUCAGAGGUCUGUCGUCGUCGGCUCUGCCAAGGCACUGCACGGGGGACUGGUAGAGAGAAAAGACGCAAUUGCAGGUCGUCCUUAUAGCUUCUCUAUGGAAUACGGGUGCAAAGGGUGCAAAAACGUAGGAUUCGCCGACUUUUCUCCUUUUCUCCUGUUUAAACGGCGCGUUGUGCUUUCAUCUCUACGUCAAUACUACCCCCAAGUUGAAGACAAAGUCAAUCAUCAGUUGGAUGAAGUACUGACGAAGAUAAAAGCGCUUGACGGAACCGCCUUUGAUCCACAUCACUUACUAUCAUUGGUGACUCUGAAUGUGAUGAGUUCUAUCACUUUUGGAACUAAUUACACACUUGACGAUCCUGAAUUUCUUCGUUUGGUUCUAAUGAACGACACUUUUGGUCAAUGUUUCGGAGCCUUUAAUAUCCUAGAUGUGUUUCCGUUUCUAUUGCAUUUUCCAAUAAAGGCCUCAAAGAUGCUUAAAUAUCUUGCUACGGAUCGAUACGAUUACUUAAUGGAACAAGCAAGAAAACAUGAAGAUGCUUACGAUGUAAAUACGAUCCGGGAUCUUACUGAUGGAUUUAUCAAGGCGCUUUCAGAGGCUGAGAAAGAUCGUAGCGAAAUCCAUAGCCUAAUCGAUACUGAUCACGUUGCCAUGACAAUGGGAGACAUGGUGUUUGCGGGCUCAGAGACGUCUGCUACAACAAUGCGGUGGAUGCUGGCGUACCUAACAGUUUACCCAGAAGUCCAAGCGAGGCUGCACCAGCAGCUGGAUGACGUCAUUGGAAGAGACAAAAAUACAAUCAUCACACUGAAGGACCGGGGUCGAUUGCCUUAUGUAGAGGCGGUCAUAGCGGAGACAUUGCGCGUCUCACCACCAACACCUUUGCUCCCGCAUAAAGCAACGCGUGACACGACACUGGACGGUUACUUCAUCCCAAAAGAUACCAAAAUAAAUAAGUAAAUUUGGGUAGCUAAUCGCUUUCAUUGCAGCUGGGAAGCUGAAUUACGAGAGCGCAGAUUCAGACGUGGUCGUGUUGAAGGCAUGGGAAGGCGCCUCAGGCAGCCGACAUACAACUCAUGUCUGACCACGGAUCACAGCUAAGAUCGAAAUUGUUGGUUUUGUGGAGGGAUGAAAACCGGAGAACCCGGAGAAAAACCCUCGGAGCAAAGGUAAGACCAACUAACUCUACUCACGUCGGAACCGGGAAUCGAACCCAGAACCCAGUGGUGAGAGGCACAGGCACUACAGAGCAACGCUCUGCCAACUGCUCCACCUAGGCUCCCACCG